UUAAGAAGGAAGCGUCACGGUGCAGUAUAACUAAAGUUUUUAGUUUUACGAUAGUUGUUCCUGCUGUGGUAUCUGCACACUAGCAACAACACAACUGCAGAUUUCCCCCCCCCAUAUUCAUAGGAUGGCAGACAAGGUUUUGGAUCCAGGACCCUGGACAGGAUGCGCCGUUCUGUUUCUGCAGUCUCUCUGUCCAGAUGUAAAUCUGCUCUCCCUCUAUAAAGACGACCAGCAGGGAAAGUUCAUCUUUUUUAAAGUCAUCAAAUUGACACUCAUAGAUUCCGCUGGAGGUCUGGGAGGUUACGAGAUACUCAAGUUUCACGAUGCCGAUCCCUUCCUCGGUGUGGAGGUGAAGUUUAUGGAUCUACCGGCGUGUCAACAGUUUCUGGAGAGCUACAGCUCUGGAGCGGUGCGUCAGUCCAUCUCUCAACAUGCCUGUCGGCUCCUCGCGCUGGCACAAGAGUUCACCGUGGAGACGCAGCUCAAGGCCGGAACACAUGUCUUGGAUCAAUGUCUGGACAAGCUGGAACUUUGUCUACAGCAAAUUCACCUGUCACAGCCCGAGCGCCUGCGUGAUGAAGAGAUCGAUCAGCUUGAGAAGCUGCUGCGGCCUCCUGCCCAGCGGAUCCCCAGCAACUGCUUCAGGUUUCAGAAUAAAGUGUUUGAGGAUCGAAUGCUGACGGCAGCAGAUGUUCAGCGCUUCGCUAAUGGGGUGGGCCGUCAGUGGAAGCACGUGGGGAGGACCCUGGGGAGGGAGUGCGGCGCUCUGAAAGAUACGGCCAUUGACAACCUGGCCUACGAGUACGCCAGAGAGGGCCUGUACGAGCAGGCCUAUCAGCUCCUCAGCCGCUUCGUCCAGGCGGAGGGGAGGGCGGCCAAGCUGAGCCGGCUGGUCAAAGCGCUGGAGGACUGCAAACUCACCAGCCUGGCCGAAUCCAUUCUGGACGUACAGCCCUGAGAAUGACGCUUUUGUGGCAUACGAACACGCAGGCGGAGCGGUCGUGAAGAGGGCACGCCUCUCCCCCGUGGACUUUGUCCCUCCUGCUUUUACAUACAGAUUGUCGGUUCUUUAUUGCAAUCAUUGAAAAUGAUUCCUUUGAGCGUGUGUUUGUGUGUAUUUCUGAUCAUAGCUUUUAUAUUCAGGGGUGUCAAACUCAUUGUAGUUAAGGUGGGCCAGACCAGUAAAAUCAUAUCUUAAUUAUUUAAAGUAACAAUAAAAUGGAUUUCCCCCCUUUCUCAUUAGUAAAAUCUUGAAUUAAACUUUUAAAAAACAAAAAUGUCAGAUUUCUUAAGAAAAACUAUUCAGUUCAUCGUCAGUUUAUCAUCGUGUGUGUGCUUCAUAGCUAAUCACAGUGAUUGUAUAAUCGGCACAAACAUUUUAAAAUCACAGGUAUUUGGAAUUUAAACAUUUUGAUUGGCACUUUAAAAAGAAAUCAACACGUAAUGAUUCUCAAAACCUAAAUCGACUCGCACAACACAUAAUUGCAGGGUGGCUGCAGUAUUGUUUCACUUUCAGAUUCAUCCUGUGGGCCGCAUUGAAGCCCCGCGUGUUUUGACACCGCUGAUUUAGAUGAAGGCAAGUGGUGCUGCACGAGUGGAUUCUCUGUAUUAUUUCAAAUGAUUUCAACUUUAUUUUUGCUUUAGAAGUCUCUCUACGCAUGGAAGCUGUUUGGAUCUCCUUUCUAAUGACUGCACAACUGAAGGUUAUUGAUUUUUAUUUUAUUUUAUUCUCCCCCCCGUACAAAAUUGGUGCGCACAAAUGCUUGAAAAAGAAUUCUCAUGUUUGUGUUGGAUACGUGAGUGCGGAGGUGGAAAAGUAUUUACACUCGGUACUUAAGUACAAGUACUGAUUUAACUCCUUUACUUAAAGACCCUGUAAAGGGAAUUCAGAAAUUUGUAUGAAGAUAAAUGCUGAAAACAUGUAACGAGACUAUCACUCAAUUGUGGACAUAUAGCGUUAAACAGUUUUUCAUCAUUUCAGUUUCCCUUCAUUUUUUGGGGUUGGGCUGUACUGGUACCCAGUGAUGCAGUUUGGAAUCCAGCAUGAGUCACCACUCCCCCACUAUAUAAGAACUUGAAUGCCUUUGUACGCAUCAGAGGUCAUCCGGCACAAUUGCGAUGUGCAGUUAGCUAGCUAGCUAUGCCUACACCCCAAAAUACAUCUUCCCUUCCGAUUGCCCGCUUGUGUGGCCACUUUAGAGCGCCGUGAACAUUCACAUGUUCUGCAAAGAA